UAACAUUUGUAAUACUACUGUCAUAGUGAUGUGUUGUUUUUAAAUAAAAGUGUGCCUAAACAAGGACAAUACAUAGCAAUGAGUAUGCUAAGAUGCAAGCGUUUAUGAAAUCUGUGAAAGCCACAAAUAAUAGUAGGCAAAGUGCAAUCAAAAGUUCAAUUACUACUCAGCUUUCUGAGACUGUGAAAGAUAUACAAUUAUGCAGUAUAGAAGAAGGAGACAGCCUGGAGGCCAAGAACAACUUAUGUUCAGUUAUAGAAGCAAUCUUCUUGCACGGUUUAAAGGAUUCUAUUGCUCAUCGGUUCAGAAAAGCAAUAUCAGAUGUUGACCAAAGACCAGAACCAAAUUUUUGGUCACCUCUGCUGAUCAUCUUGCACAGAGAGAGCAUUGAGCAGAUCCAACAGCUAAAGCAAAUUACCACUGAUAUAGGACACUGUCGGGCAUGGAUCAGGCUCUCUCUGAACGAGGCACUGCUUUCUUCAUAUUUAAUGACAAUUAGACAAAACCCAAGUGCUUUAAAGUCUUAUUACAAUACAUUUGCUUAUAUCCGUGAUAUAGAUGAACUGGAGGUUGCACAAAAGUAUAUUGAAGGCAUCGAAAGCAUCGAUUUAGAGUUGCCUUAUAAUAAUAGUUUAUUGAAUUCAUGGCCUGUACCAACACUUUUGUUGGCAGGAAUAUGGUCUCCAACACUGAGAACUUGUCCAAUAUCAUCAGGUGUGGAUGUAGCCCAGUCGAUGCAAGCAACAAGCUCUGCUAACUCUGAAACAUCUUCAAUAACUUCAUUGAUGUCACAGAGCUCAGGGAUUGGGCAGAUGAUCCAUUUAAAUGAAGAUGAAGCUUUGAAAAUCAUUUUAGCAAAGCAUUCGCAAAAACGCGAGAGGGAGGAUAAUCAAAUGGUACCUGAGAAAUUAAGCACUCCAAGCGAAUCGGAAAGUGAGGACCAGAGCGGGCAAGCCGCUGCUCAAGGAAACUCUCUGAAUCGCCAAACGGGCUGGUCCUUCGAUGAGAACAAUACGGAAUCGGAGAAAACUGAGCCCACAGAACCAUUGGAUAAUGCCAAAUCCAUGGAGCAUAGCUUCAACGCUUUAGUGGAAAAUAGUUAUAAUAUGUUGGCUGGGACACAUAUACGUACUCCAGAUUUUCGGGAAGUUUGGCAGAAACUGGAGUCUUCAACGGAGAAGCCUCAGGAACCUCAGCCGAUUGUUGUUAAAGAUGUUCCGCCGCCCAGAAACCAACCUUUGAUUUUGGCGAACAACGUUUCCGUCAUUGCUAAGGAGUUGGGUUUGGAUAAUCAAGAUUACAAAUGUGCGACUUGCAAGGACGAUAUUUCCUUUGUUGUAAAAUCAUAUGUUUGCGCAUUGACUGGCGAAUAUUUCUGUGGAACAUGCAUAUCUAAGGACGAGAUUCCUAUACCGGCCAGGAUAAUACACAAUUGGGAUUUCAAAGUAUAUCAAGUAUCCGAGAAGGCUUUGAAGUACAUCGAAGAAAUUAAGGAUCAUCCAGUAAUAGACUUUAAAACAGCAAAUCCGUACAUUUAUACAGCAGUUGAAGAAAUGGCAAAGCUCCAGAUACUGAGGAACCAGCUCAAUUAUUUACGCGCAUAUUUGUACACGUGCCGUGAGCCGAUCAUUGAGGAGCUUCAGAAGCAGAUGUGGCCCAGAGAGUAUAUGUAUGAGCACAUACAUCAAUAUUCCAUAUCGGAUCUGAUGCAGGUAAAGGAUGGGUCUUUGGCCGAACAGCUAGCGAAGGUGGUACAAUUCGGAACAGAUCAUGUCUUAAAUUGUUGGUUGUGCAGUCAGAAAGGUUUCUUAUGCGAAAUAUGUAACCUAUCGAAACCGCUUUUCCCAUUUGACACUAGAAAUGUAUACAGGUGUAACUUGUGCAGUGGAGUAUUUCAUAAGACGUGCCAGGACUCUCUGAAGCCGUGUCCAAGAUGUAAAAGAAAGAAGGAUCGGGAGGACGCUCCGCUGCACGACGCAGAAUAAUCAGACACCAGCAGCUGCUUUAAUUUAAUUCUUCAUGUUACUUUAUUAUAGUCAAUUUUACACUGUAAACUUGAAACGGUAAAGAAAGAGAUGUUAAGGUCUGAAUAAAUUACGUUAUAUUAUUAUA